AAAUAAAAAAGAUAUUACAAUGAAAAAGGAGGAGGGGUGAUAAUUGUUGAAGCUGGAUUAAUAUUGAGAGUCCAUUGUACUGUUCUCUGCUUUGUGUAUGUAAGAAAUUUCCAUAGGGAAAAGUAUAAAGUGGAUGAGGGGGCUUGUUUUUAAGAGAGAUUAAAGAGGCAUAAGAUACUAAGACAGGAAUAGACACACACAAAUGCCCAUUUGAUUUUUUACAAAGGUGCAAAAGCAAUUGAGUAGAGGAGACAUAACCUUUUCAACAAAUGCUGCUGGACCAAUUGGAUAUCCAUAGGGAAAAAAAAUUUAGGAACUAAAACUAAGUGAACACAUAUCUUAGACAUAUCAAAAGCAUUUCCAUAAAAGGAAAAAAAGAUAAAUUAAGCUUCAUCAAAAUUAAUUUGCUCUGCAAAAGACUCUUCUAAGAAGAUGAGAAGAUGUUACAGACUGGGAGGAAAUAUUUGCAAAUGAUAUAUCCAACACAGGAUUUCUAUGUAGACUAUACAAAGAAUUCUAAAACUCAACAGUAAUGAAUGGAUCCAAUUGGAAAAUGGGCAAAAGACAUGAACAGACAUGUCACCGAAGUAUAGAUGGCAAGUAAAUGAAAAGAUGUUCAACAUUAUUAGCCAUUAGGGAAAAGCAAGUUAAAAAUCACUGCACACCUAUCAGAAUAGCUUAAAAAAUGUUAACACCAGAUGCUUUAAAAAUGCAGAGAAACAGUCUCAUAUGUUGCCAGGAAUCUUAAGCGGUAAGGCCACUCUGAGAAAUAGUUGGAUAGUUUCUUAGAAAACCAGCCAUGCACUUACCAUAUGACCCAGUACUGGCACUCUUUAGCAUUUAUUCCAGAGAAAUGAAAGCUUAUGUUCCCACAAAAACCUGUACAUGAGUGUUCACAGCAGUUUUAUUUGUAAUAGUCAAAAUCUGUAAGUAACCCAGAUAUCAUUCAACAGGUGGUUAAAACAAGUGUGGUAUAUCUACAUCAUGGAUUUAUAUUACUCUGCAGUAGUACUCUGCAGUAAAAUGGAAUGACCAAUUGAUACCUGCAUUGAGUCAAGUGAAUUUCAAGAGAAUUACGUUGAGUGAAAAAGUCCAAUAUCAAAAGGUCAUAUACUGUAUGAUUCCAUUUAUUUAAUAUUCUAAAAUGGCAAAACUAUAGAGAUUGAAAAACAGAUUAGCGGUUGCCUGAGGUUGGGGAUGGUGGGAGGGAGCGAGGGGAAAGGGAGUGGUAGGGCUAGAGAGGUCUUUGUGAUGUUGCAACAGUUGUGUAUCUUGAUUGUGGCGGUGGUUACACAGAUCCACACGUGAUGAAAUGACAUAGAAGUAUACACACACAUUGUACCAAUGUCCGUUUCUUGAUUUUUAUAUUAAACUGUAAUUAUGUAAGAUGUACCCAUUGGGGAAAAGUGAAAGGUAGCACCUUUGCAACUUCCUGUGAAUCUAUAAGUUCAAAAUAAAAAGUAAAAAAAGAAAGCUGAAGAGCCAUAACCAAAUGCAGUGUGUGAAACUGAUUUGGGAAAACAAAAUUAUGAAAUGUAUGUUUUAGGACAGUUGGGGAAACUUGACUAUGACUAGAUAUUAGAUUAUAUUAGGGAAUUAUUGUUAGUUUUCUGACCUGUAAUCAUUACAGGUCAUUAGUUUGGAGAAUUUUUAUUAUUAAAAGAUGCAUAUUAAGGUAUUUGUAAUGAAGUGUUUUGAUGUUCACAACUUUCAAAAACAUGUUUUUCAGUAUGUUUAGAGAGAGAAGGCAAACGUAGCAGUGUUAAUUGUUGAAUCUAGAUGGAGGAUACAGGUAUUCAUUGUACCAUUCUUUCAACUUUUCUGUACCGUUUGAUAUUUUCAAAAUAAAACGUUUGGGGCAAAAUAAUCAGGUCUUUCCACAGAUUAAUGCUUUGUAGCUUCAGGCUCCGGGGUCCGCGCCUUGUUUAACUGCCCCUGCGCAGCCUGGGGAUGCCCCUCUCCCUGAGGCUCAGGGCCACAGCCCACCUGAACGCUGCUGCUCCCAUCCCUGGUCCGGAGCGACAUUGGACACCCAUCGAGAAGAAAGCACCUCCGAGAUUCCUAGAGAGGCCGGUCUGGCGACUUGGAGAGCCGGAAGCCCUGCCGAGGCACUUCCUGUCCGGUCAUUGUUCUCGCGCCGGUAGGCGCGGGGAAUCCGGCCUGCCGGCCUCCUGCUCUGGAGCCCGGGGUCCCCGGCCGGGCUUCUGUGCGGCGCACGUAGACAAUACUCAUCCUAGUCCUGGGAAUAAACUCAAGAAGAAGAUUUUGAACCUUAAAGAUUAGAUGGGGCUUGACCUGUGUUGGGCAGCCCCCAGCUAUAGGAGUUUCCCUGCUGGGGAGAGAAGAUGACUGCAGAAUUGAGAGAGGCCAUGGCCCUAGCCCCUUGGGGCCUAGUGACAGUGAAAAAGGAGGAGGAAGAGGAGGAAAACUACCUAGGUCAGGCAUCCAGCCAACAAGUGCACUCUGAGAACAUCAAAGUCUGGGCCACUGGGGAGGGUCCUCAGACAGGCCUUGAUGUAUCAGAACAGGAGGGAAAGGGUCAGAACAUGUUCUGGGACAUGGCUGUAGUCCUGAAAGCAACGCAGGAGGCACCUGCUGCUUCAACCCUUGGCAGCUACUCAUCACCGGGGCCUCUGGCCAAGAGCGAGAUACUGGAGACUCAUGGGAGCAUAACCUCUUUAGGUGCUGAAACCAAGAAGCCACAGUUACUGGUUCCAAAAACUGAGAUAUGUGAUGAAGCAGAAAAACCCUUCAUAAUAUCAGGAAGAAUCCAGAAAGUCGACCUUCAAGGACCGGAGUUAGGAGAAGCCUGUGAAAGAGGGAACGUGUUAAAGAGGCAGAGAAUCAAGAGGGAAAAGAAAGAUUUCAAACAAGUGCCAGUGAAGGACUGUCAUGUACCUGAAAGCUUCAAAGAAGAAGAAGACCAGAAAUUUCAGAAAUCUGGGGAAAAAUACAGCCUUAGUUCUGGCCCUGGUAGAAAUCAGAAAAGCCAGCCUGGGCAGAAACCUUUCACAUGUAGCGUGUGUGGGAAAGGCUUUAGUCAGAGUGCGAACCUGGUAGUGCACCAGCGCAUCCACACUGGGGAGAAACCCUUCGAAUGUCAUGAGUGUGGGAAGGCCUUCAUUCAGAGUGCAAACCUUGUUGUGCAUCAGCGAAUCCACACUGGACAGAAACCGUAUGUUUGUUCAAAGUGUGGGAAAGCCUUCACUCAGAGUUCAAAUCUGACUGUACAUCAAAAAAUACACUCCUUAGAAAAAACCUUUAAGUGCAGUGAAUGUGAGAAAGCCUUCAGUUAUAGCUCACAACUUGCUCGGCACCAGAAAGUCCACAUUACAGAAAAAUGCUAUGAAUGCAACGAGUGUGGGAAAACAUUUACUCGGAGCUCAAACCUCAUUGUCCACCAGAGGAUCCACACUGGUGAGAAGCCCUUUGCCUGUAAUGAUUGUGGCAAAGCCUUCACCCAGAGUGCAAAUCUUAUUGUGCAUCAGCGAAGCCAUACCGGUGAGAAGCCAUAUGAGUGUAAAGAGUGUGGAAAAGCAUUUAGUUGUUUUUCUCACCUUAUUGUGCACCAGAGAAUUCACACUGCAGAGAAACCUUAUGACUGCAGCGAGUGUGGAAAAGCCUUCAGUCAACUCUCUUGCCUUAUUGUGCACCAGAGGAUUCACAGUGGAGACCUUCCUUAUGUGUGUAAUGAGUGCGGGAAGGCCUUCACAUGCAGCUCCUACCUGCUUAUUCAUCAGAGAAUCCAUAAUGGGGAAAAACCGUACACAUGCAAUGAGUGUGGCAAGGCCUUCAGGCAGAGGUCGAGCCUCACCGUGCACCAGAGAACCCACACUGGGGAGAAGCCCUACGAAUGUGAAAAGUGUGGUGCAGCUUUCAUUUCUAACUCGCACCUCAUGCGGCACCACAGAACCCAUCUUGUUGAGUAACAAGGAAAGGAAGAGGAAGACCUCCAGGCAUCGAGCAUAACCUACUACCCCCCAAAUCGGACACUCUUUGCUGUUUUCUUCCCCCUUUGUAAAAAUGAGGCCCACCAUGUCUUUAAAAACAAGUUUUCAGGAGUGCAGCACAAAACACCAGAUAAGCUUUUCAGAGGCUAAUUUAAAGAAAAUGAACACUAAGUACCUAAAGGCAAGGACUUUGUUUUUAACUCUUCCCUAAGUGGUCCUGUAGUCUGAAAUGGAAUGUGGCUUUCUUAGAAAUGGGUCAUACAAAGCUAAGUGAUAAAGAUCCCAUUUGGGGAAAGGUAUUUUUGGCCUAAUUUUGUUCGUUAAAACUCUGGUAAUUUCUUGAGCAGCAAGCAGGUUACUGGUAUAGGUCUGCCUAGUGGAAUUCUGAAGCUUUGAACCUUGUAGUCUAGUAUUUUGGGUUAAGCAGUGACUGGUUAAGGAAACCACUUGGAGUAGCAGUUCACCAAUAACUCACCUAUGAACAUUUAUAAGCUUUCCAUUCCGUAGGUAAUUUUAAAAAAAUCAAAAAAACCUAUUAACCGUCUACUGCUCCUAAAAUGGACAGAAGUAAGAAACAACCGUUUCCCUCAUUGUCUAUACCUCAUGAACCUUGGUAUGGUAGAGCUCUGGGGACCUCUGAUGAGUCUCUUCUGACUGUUCCCAGUCUGCAUGGUCAAGCACUUGAGGACUGACGGAGACAACCCACUGGGGCCACAAAUGCUGCUGGGCUUGAUUCGUUUGCUAAGACCAACAACACUCCAAAUAAGCCCUGAUUUCCAUUGCAUUCCACUGGAGUGAGAUGCCCAUAACAGCCUGCUUCCCAGACAGAGGAGUCAAAGAAUAAAGCUUGCCUAGAGGCAUGCCCAUCUUGUCUCUGCUCUCCUUCUGCUCAGGCCCAGCCAGGGGGCUCUGUUUGGGUGUCAUUCUCCCUUUCUGGAUGGUCUUAGAACAAAUAAUGGAGCCCUUCUAAUUCUUAGAGGACCAAAGAGGGAAAUGAAGGGAGAAGGGGGAGGCAGAGUGGGAUUCCUAAGUCUUAAUUUCUUUUUUUCGAGAAGGUCAAAGAUAUUGGAAUAUGAAAACUUUUAGAGGGAUGAAGAAACUGGCUACGGUAAGAUACCUUUGUUACCAUUGAGCCUUUACUCCUGGAAAAAAUGAUUUAUAAAACUAUGCAAUAGGUAGAGUUAUGUGAUAAUAUUGCCUUGUAUUUAUAUAGAACUGUAUUCUUUCUUUGUGUACCUUCGUGUAUAGAAUCAUGAUACCCAGCACUUAUCUCAUGCUUUCACAUAGAUUGUUACCUUGAUCCUUAGAACAGAAGCAGUGUUUGCCCCAUUUACCUGAGAGUGGUCAGUUAACACCAGGCCAAGUAACAAGUGACAGCUUAUAUUCAAAUUUAGGACCUAAAUCCAGGUUCUCUUUGUUCCACCAUGUUGUUUGUCGAACCACCUGUAACCCCACGCAAAUCUGUGGAGAGCCUGAGAAAGGGGCACGUAGUCUCCUUUUCUGGUGAGGAAGCUAUGAUGACAGAUUUGGGGGUGUGCCUUAGUCAGUGUGACUAGCAAGCAGCAAAUCUCAGACUGGAAUUUGAGUCUCCUGAUUUCUGGAUCUCUCUCUCCACCCAUCUCUCAGCCUGCAGGAGCAUUUAUUGUAAAUGCCACACCUGGUGAUAAAUAGUCUGGUGCAGCUCUUGUGCAGAAGUCCCAUGCAUUUAUUGCCUCAUUUCUACAAGACUGUUAAUCAACAUUGUGUUUGUAGUUUACAGAGCACUGUCACAUAGGGAAGGCAGACAGGAAAGCUUAAUUUCCUCUUAACCUUUUUUCCCCUUCAACUACAGUUUUUCCUCAAAGCACGUGCAACUUUUUUUACCCAGUUUCCCUCUAAAUCAUACAGACACAAGUACAAGAAAUCAGUGGGAUUCAAAAGUAAGAAUCAAAAAUGGUCAUGCCCUCACUGACCCUGACAGUGACUGUUCCUCUCCCCCGUCUGAGAUUGGAGAGACCUGAAGAUAACAACAUGUAUCUCUGCUGAGACUGGGAACAAGUGAAGUUUUUCUUCCUGCAUGAUCAGGAAGCUCAUAAGAGAGGGAGAGCAGAUCUGAAAAUUUGGGAUAAACUAGUGACCUUGACCCACCAAGAGGCUAGAAGUAUGCUGUGCUGAAAGAUAUUAGCUAGGAUUUAUGACCAUUAAGGCAGUUAAGCUAUUUUAGCUUCAUGUAUAUUCAUCCCCAUAAUUGAAUUCUCAGUCAAGGAUGAUUGUGAUUUCCUGGAUAAAGAUUUCCAUUCAUAUGUGGUUCAGAAAAGCUACCCAGGUAAUUAUGAUAUAAAGCUAGGUUUGGGAAUCGCUGACCCAACCUUGCAGUAAAGCAGUGGUUUUCAACCUUGGCUGCAUGUUAGAAUCACCUAGGGCACUUUAAAGUUUUUCUCUUCCCAGCCCUCAGUAUUUUUUAUUACUCCGGAAGGGAAUCUAAUAUGCAGCCAAGGUAGUGAGCCGCUGCAGUCAAGUAAAGCCUGUAGACCAGGAAUAUGUGCCAUCAGAGGUGGAGAGGGGAGCUCCAGUAUAAGGAUCUGGAUGGGGAAUGUGUUCUGUGUGGUUUCAGUAGAACAGGACACUAACCACAUUGGCUGCACUGGGGGUCCUUCUGUGCCUCUGCCAACCCUUGGCUGUUAGGAUUCUGUGACCUAACUUAUUUUAUCUGUAUUUUAAGUGAAUAUACCAAACAUUUUAUAUAAGCAAACUAAAUUUUACAUAAUGUGCUUUUAUGUUCCUCAUUCAACAAAAUGGCUUUUUACAUUUCUGCUUGUAUUUCAUCUCCAGGUCUGGGUUUCCACAAACCUGCACCCAGGUUCAGGACCCCCAGUCCUGCACAAAUCGUGUGAGCCUGGUGGAUUACUAGAUGGAUGAGAUCCUUCCCCAGCUAAUAACAACUCUUCCUCCCAGUCCAAUUCCAGCCCUCAAAAUAAAUUACAAGCCUUCUUUUUCUUCAUGGUUUCGGAUAGGGGAAGAGUGACUACCCCUUGUUGUCAGAGUUGGCCUUGGUUUUCCUUUUCCUUUGGGUCAUCUCCCUCCUGCCUUGGCUGGGCUUGCUAGAAAUGGACGGGAACUUUGAAACCCCGUUUUUGUAAGUUGCCAAGAACUAUCAGAGUUUUGGCUGUCAAAGAGCCAGGGCUAACAGUGGGCAUUAAGGGUAGAGUCAAGAAGUCUGUCCUUACUCUCAAAUGAGACCAACAGAUGUGUGUUAAGUGGAGCACAGGGAUGCAAAAGUAAUAAUGAAAUCGUGUAUGUGCAUUGGGAGUAUGGGGGAGAGAUUUCAUCAACACACACACACAGAACACAGAGAAGAGAUUCUUCACGAACACACACCCUCUCAAUGGGCGUGAAUUCCUCCAGGCUCAGGAAGAGGUGUCUUUGGGCAAAGCUCAUCCUUUCUCUGUGUUCUGGGUCCCUUCCCUCCCUUGCUGAGGCAGUUGUCCUCCCACAUCCAUUGUUUUCUCCACUUGCUCCUCCAUCCAGUGUGCCUAAGCUUUCUAGAGUUACAGCCCCUUUGGGAAUCUGAUAAAGGUUGUGGCUCCUCUCCUGGAGAAAUACAGAUUGUACAUUCAGUUUUGUGCUCGUUUGUGGGGGCAUAUAGGCUCCCCAGAGCCAAUCCAAGGAUCUUCUAGGGCCUAAAUUCUCACCUGGGGAUGCACCACAUAAUCGCCAGUGACUUUUUUUUUCCCCCGGUGAGGAAGAUUGGCCCUGAGCUUAACAUCUAUUGCCAAUCCUGCUCUUUUUGCUUAAGGAAGAUAGUCGCUGAGCUAACAUCUGUG